CUGGUGGGGGCCACAGCUGGUGGGUCAGAUAUAAGCUGCUCUGCAGUUCAACCACAGAUAUCAGGAGACUUUCAGAGAAUCACAGAAGAUGGCCUUCCUCACGCUUGCCCUGCUUCUCUCCAUUGCUCUCCAAGGCUGUGCCUUCACUUACAGCAGCGAUGGUUUGGAAAGCAGCCCUGAAGACUUAAAUAAUGGGGAUGUUUGCCAGGACUGCACCAAAAUAUUUGAGCUCCUUGUUGACAUGCUUUCCAAUGCAGACCUGCAGAAAAAGAUCAUGAAUGACAUUGAAGGCGUGUGCGCACUUUUUCCUGGACCAACUGCCAAUCUCUGCAAACAAGAGGUGGAGAAGAUAUUCCCACUGGCCAUCAACUUUGUUACUGCCAUUUUAAAACCAGCAGAGGUAUGCAAACUCCUCGGGCUCUGCAGCUCUUGUGAUAAAGAGCAGAUGCUCAGCUACUUUGCUAAUGAGGCCAUUCAGGCUGCUGUGAGAAGUGAUAAUGUGAAGCCCUCAACUGAAUGCGCCUUCUGCACCUUUCUUAUCAAGACAUUGGAGGGUUUGCUUCCUAAAGAAAGAACUGAGAAAGCCGUGAUCAAGCUGCUGGAGGAGAUCUGUCAUAUUUUGCCCUCCUCCUACCGCAACCAGUGUGAGACUGUGAUCGACAAGGUCACCAAGACAGUGCUGGACGCGAUCCUGGAGCAUGCAACUCCUGAGGCCAUCUGUCACCUCAUGCGCUUCUGUAAAGGGGAAGAGUCUCUGCUUGUGGAUCCAUGCACUCUGACAACAUACAGAUGCAGAGACAUUAAAACUGCUGUCAGAUGUGGAACUCUGUUCUACUGUCAGAAAUUUGCCUGGAAGCCUCUGAAGUACAACACAAUCUAAAGGGUUAAGGUAGCUCUAAUGAGAGUCAUCAUGGACACUGCAGAUUUUUCUUACUGCAUUUUGUGGUACAUACAUAAACAUGUGUUUAAGAAACAGCUUGACUGCAGCUGCAAAUAACUGACAGAAUAAGCAUAAUAACCAGCUGAAGGCUAAAUUUCACUUUUUUGCAUAUGCAUCUUAUUUUUUUUUUUUUAUACCAACUAUUUAGCAAGUUUCCUGGCUUUAUCGGCUUUAAUAAAAGCAUGUUUUUGUAAUGUUUAACACAUGAUCUCAAUUAAAGUGUGAUGU